GCAAUAGUUUUCAUUACCCAAUCACAGUUCCUCAUGACCUCAACUAUCGGCAAUCAAGCUCUGCAUCUGAUCCAUUUCCUUUGUUUUCCCCUUAUAAUCCGCUGGCUUUGUUGAAAAUGUUAACCAGUUGUCCACAAAUCUAGUCUUGUCCAGGUUGGCAUGGCUCAAUUUCUCUCUCUUGUCAAUCAAUUUUUGUUGUGAUGUUCUCCAUCCAUCCUUCGUAAUCAAUUUAUAUAUUGAAAAAUUUCUUUAUAAACUUGAGCUUUUCGCGAUAAAGAUACCGAAUGUGAAAUUCAAGUUCCCUAUUUUUGCGGCCUUAAUCCUUCAAUCUGUCCAAUUUCCAGGAAAUUAACGCAUGGGAAUUCAAAAAGGUAGGGUGAAAUUCAAUGUUGGAGGCAAGAUCUUCGAAACAACCGCAACAACCCUCGCCAUUGCUGGCCGAAAUUCGCUCUUCGGAGCUCUUUUCGACGACAAUUGGGACCUCCAAUUCGACAACACAACAGAACACUUCAUUGAUCGAAACCCAGAUUGCUUCGCAGUUCUUCUUGACCUCCUAAGAACAGGGGAGCUCUACAUUCCCUCCUACAUACCUGAAAAUCUCCUCUACAGAGAAGCCCUGUUUUAUGGCCUUCUUGACCAUGUCAGGUCAGCUAAAUGGGGCCCAUUCGACGGCAAUAGGCUCCGGCUAGAUCAGUCGGUAACGGGCCGGGCCCCAGGCGAUGGCACGGCCAUUCGGGCUGGCCCGGGUGGCGGGUGCUGUGUGGCACAUGGUAGUAUGGUACAUGUGUAUGAUUGGAUGCUAGAAGAGCACCCUCCAAUAAAUCUUGAUUACCAAAGAGUUAAUGAUGCUUGUUGGAUUGAUUCUGAUAACAUUGUGAUCAGUGCUUGUGAGAGAUUAGGCCGCGGCGACGGAGGCAUGGGAUUGUUCAAUGCAUCAACAGGGGAGCUAAGGUAUAAGUUUCAUGUCACACAUGAAAAUGAGGUAAAGAGUUAUACUGCUGGUGCUUUAAGUUUUAGCUCAGAUUAUAAACUGUUUUCUAGUUGCAAAGGUAGGAGCAAUGAGUAUGGGAUUGGGGUUUGGGACCAAGUGACUGGAAAACAGAUUGAUUUUUUCUAUGAACCACCUGGUUGGUCACUUGGUGAUGCUGAUAAACUGCAAUGGUUACAUGGUAGCAACUGUUUGUUGGUUGCAACUUUGUUUCCAAGGAAAGACAAUUGUUACAUUAGUUUGGUGGAUUUUAGGGAGAAAAGCAUGGUUUGGUCUUGGUCGGAUAUUGGGGCUCCAAUAAUUGAUGAGAGGCGGGUUCGGGAUGCCAUAGCAAUGGAGGAAACUAGUUCUCUGUGUGUAGUGAAUGAGUAUGAGGAUUUGGGGUUCAUGGAUUGGAGGAGCGUGGGUCAGAGUGUGAGGUGGAGCUCGAGGAGCCGGUGGAUGAAAGAGAAAAUGCCUGAUGAACCGUGUUACCCUAAACUGGCAUUGCAUGAAGGGCAACUGUUUUCUUCGAUGAAUGAUAGUAUUUCAGUGUUUUGUGGUCCUGACUGGGUAUUGACAUCGAGGCUUCGAAGAAGUUAUGGAGGUUCAAUUUGUGAUUUCUCGAUUGGAGGUGACCGGCUCUUUGCUCUUCAUAGUGAGAAAAAUGUGUUUGAUAUAUGGGAGACUGCACCACCACCAAUUAUAUGAUU